UUGUUGACGUUUGAAGAGUUAUUGCACGGGUUUUUGCAGAUUCCUGCGCCGGCGCCGGGGCUCUGUCGCUACGUCACCGGCGGCUUCCUUCUCAACGGACAAUUUGAUCGGCACUAUAUAAAGCUUUUUCCUCAGCUAAAAAGAUCGGCCAGUUCUGCCCGCUAUUCUGCACUCGAUGACCGCGGAGAUGGACGAAACCCUUGGAGAGGUUCGCCGCCCCCUCUCUCCUUUCACCAUUUUACUCAUUGUCGUUGCUCUUCAAUUCCUUGACGUGCUUCUCGAGAAGCUUAAAAAGAGAGGAUCUACAAGCAGUGAAGAAAUCAAAAUGCGGCAAGAGAUAAACCAACUUCUUCAAGAAGCUAACUCUUUAUCAACACCUUCCACUUUUGCUCAGGCUGCAAAACUUAGACGCUCGGCUGUUGCAAAGGAGAAAGAACUUAAAAAAAAACAGGAGGAGAAAAAUAAUGAUAAGAAGUGGUCUUUGUAUGAAAAAGUUCUUCUUGUUUCGAAGGCAUUACUAUAUACUGGGCUUUGCUGGCAAUUUUGGAGCACACCUGUUGCUGCAGUUCCUCCACAUCUCUUGCAGCCUUUUGGACGGUUUCUGUCUUGGAGAGGCGCUGAUGCUUCCAAUGGUAAUUACAUGGUAGGAAUAAUACCCUGGCUGGUGCUGACUUCUCGGGUCAGCAAAUUCUUGUUGCAAAGGUUUUCCAAGUUUAUUCCGUUUUAGCAUUUUCAUGCCUCUCUUUUCUUGUAGAAUAGUGAUCUUAUAAUGAACCAAAAUUCCUCAAAUUUUCCCAUUAUGUUUCUGUAUUUUCCUUUUGUGAUUGUUAGAAGAGAAUAACAGCCUGAAGGUGCUUUAUUAGAAAUCUGUGACAAGAGUUUUAAGCUUCGUUUGUGACGAUUUUUUUCAGUAAGAAAACUGUCUCAAAUGAAACCUUAGUUGAAUAUUAUGUUGUUAUGAAAAAAUUUUCAUUUUCUGAA